AUGGAGGGUUGUGGUGAUUAUCAAGAAGGUCCGAAAACCGGCGAUUUUAGCCAUGAUCGUCACCCCAACAACCCGACGCGGUUUCCUUUGAGCCAAUGGUCUCGACUUUUCCGCGACUUUUCGCGGUGGGAGGCAGCAGUCGCAAAGUGGGGUGGCAUCAGUGGAGGGGAACGGGAAGGAAGGAGCUUCGGAAGAGCAGCAAAAACAGCUGAGGAAAAGGCGAUUUGCGGGGUUGUCUCAGCCAACCAGGAGACGUCCAAUUCAAUUCUCCUCACGGAAGCCGUAAAGGACAACUGCAGUCUAUGGGAAAGAACAGACAACAGACGCAAUGGGAGUUCCUUCCUGAACCACACAGCCCCGCUUGGUCGCAUAAAUGGGGGAUAA